AAACAUUUUUUAAAUAAAAAAAUUUUAAUUGAGCUCUGCCAAUUUCUUAGCGCUUGAUACCUUCCUUCCACCUCAAUAUAUAGAGCCUUCAGCUCCUCCCCAUCCGCCCAGUCCCUACUACAACUACUACUACUCCUUUUUCUCUUUCUCCUCUAGCCUCUCUCUUGUGAGAGGGAGACUCUUAAAGGGGUUGCAUUUAUCGGAAGUUGUAAGUGAUAGAUCAAACCAACAUUGCUAUCUUCCCCUUUUUUCGUAUUUAGUUGCUGCUGCUGCAGAACAGACCUGUCUCUGCGUGUUUGCUCAUUCACUGCAUUUGGGUUCAUUUUCUUAACACUUAAUAUAGAUCCAUGGAGAAGCAUUUUAGGCUCAUUUCAGUGGCUCCCCUGUUUCUGUUCCUCUGUCUCCCAUUUGCUUUUGCUGGGCAUGACUAUGGCCAAGCUCUUAGUAAGAGCAUUCUCUUCUUUGAAGCUCAAAGAUCUGGUUUCCUUCCCCAUAAUCAGAGAGUCACUUGGAGAGCUAAUUCUGGCCUAAAUGAUGGCAAGGCCAAUGGGGUGGAUCUCGUAGGCGGGUACUAUGAUGCAGGGGACAAUGUGAAGUUUGGGCUGCCCAUGGCCUUCACCAUUACAAUGAUGUCGUGGAGCAUAAUAGAGUACGGAAAACAAAUGGCUGCGAGCGAUGAACUUGUUCAUGCCAUGGAUGCCGUUAAGUGGGGAGCUGACUACCUUAUUAAAGCUCAUCCUGAACCCCAUGUUCUCUAUGGGGAGGUGGGAGAUGGCAACAGCGACCAUAACUGCUGGCAAAGACCGGAAGAUAUGACAACCGACCGCCGGGCUUACAAGAUCGACCCAAGCAAUCCUGGGUCGGAUCUCGCCGGUGAAACAGCCGCCGCCAUGGCUGCCGCCUCCAUCGUCUUCCGCCACUCCAACCCUGCCUACGCCAAUGAGCUCCUCGCCCACGCACAUCAGUUAUUCGAUUUUGCAGACAAGUACAGGGGCAAAUAUGACAGCAGUAUUACUGUUGCCCAAAAGUAUUAUCGCUCCAUUAGUGGAUACAAUGAUGAGUUGUUGUGGGCUGCUGCCUGGUUGUAUCAGGCAACUAAUAAUCAGUACUACUUGAGCUACCUUGGGAACAAUGGUGACUCACUGGGUGGAACUGGAUGGGGCAUGACUGAAUUUAGCUGGGAUGUCAAGUAUGCUGGGGUUCAAACUCUUGUUGCCAAGUUCCUGAUGCAAGGCAAAGCUGGACAUUAUGCACCAGUCUUUGAGAGGUACCAACAGAAGGCUGAGUACUUCAUGUGUUCAUGCAUUGGAAAGGGUACCAGGAGUAUUCAGAAAACUCCUGGUGGUCUAAUUUUCCGCCAGGGGUGGAACAACAUGCAGUUCGUCACAAGUGCCUCCUUCUUGGCUACUGUCUAUUCUGAUUAUCUUGCUUCUGCUGGUAGAAGCAUCAAGUGUGCUUCUGCCAUUGUUACCUCAUCCGAGCUUCUUUCUUUCGCCAAAUCUCAGGUGGAUUACAUUCUUGGAGACAACCCAAGAGCUACCAGUUACAUGGUGGGUUAUGGAAACAACUAUCCGCGACAAGUUCACCACAGGGCUUCCUCAAUUGUUUCCAUUAAGGUUAAUCCUUCAUUUGUCAGCUGCAGAGGUGGUUAUGCCGCUUGGUUUAGCAGGAAAGCAAGUGAUCCUAAUGUCCUUGCUGGUGCUAUUGUUGGUGGCCCUGAUGCCUAUGACAAUUUUGCCGAUGAAAGGGACAAUUAUCAGCAAACAGAGCCUGCUACCUACAACAAUGCUCCUAUUCUUGGUAUAUUGGCACGCCUAAAUGGUGGUCAUGGGGGUUACAACCAGUUGCUUCCAGUGGUGGUUCCAGCUCCUACCCAACAGAAACCAGCAUCACACCCAAAAGUAACUCCAGCUCCAGCUUCAAAUUCUGCUCCAAUAUCCAUAGAACAGAAGAUGACAACUUCAUGGAACGCCAAGGGAAAAACUUACUACAGAUAUUCCACUAUAGUUACCAACAAGUCUGCCAAGACUUUGACAGAUCUCAGACUUUCAAUAUCUAAGCUUUAUGGUCCUAUAUGGGGUCUCACAAAGUCUGGAGAUUCUUAUGCUUUUCCAUCAUGGCUUGAUUCUCUACCUGCUGGGAAAAGUCUCGAGUUUAUUUAUAUUCAUUCAGCCUCUGCUGCAGAUGUCUCAGUUUCAAGCUACACUUUAGCCUGAAAAACGAAGAAAAUCGGUUACAGAAAUGAGAAAAAGAGGUUGGUAUAACUUCUGGGGUUGUAAUGUAAGAAUUGUGCAGCUAUACAAAAAGUGCAGUCCAGAAAGGUCUUUUAUUUUUUUAACACCUUUUCUUCUUCCUUGGGAUUUUCAUCUUGUUGAUUUGGCAUCUGAUCAGGGUUCAGUAAUUUUAGGUUUAAUAAGUACGAAGGUUGGAGGACGAAAGGAGUGAAGAGACGAUUAAAAAGACGAGCUCAUCCUCUUUCUCCUCCACUUCACUAGUUUAUAUAGAUAUGUUUGACCGAAAGAGAGUUAAAGAGUGUGAGUUGAGAGGUGGAAAAAGGUCGACUUCUCAAUUAGAUUUCAACAGUUCUUUUCCUUUUUUUUGUACUUGGAAACAGCUUCGGAUGUUCUUUUUGGUGUGUUGUUGUAAUCUAUGCAACAAAUUUUAAACUUCCCACAUGAAUGUAGUAUGUGGCAUUAGAUUA